AAAUAAUCCCAACCAAGAUUAUUGGACCCACCAAUAAUCUUGGCUAGGAUUAUUGGACCCCCAAUAAGUUGGCCAACCCAACUUAUUAGGGUGACCAAUAAUCGUGGUCACCUCCCAACCAAACCCCCCCUCCUACUCCUCACCUCUGUAUACCCGCUCCUUUCCCAAUACAAUGACCUACUUUUUACUGUCACGAUUUCUCACACACGACCCACAGCCUCACCGCUUCCACCACCACGCCCACUCCUGCCGCUGCGAGUCUGAGCUACUGCCGCGGAGGAGGAGGGCUGGUGAAAGAGCUCGGCCUCGGUGUUGAUGCUCCACUGCACUGGGCAACCUUGGCGGGGGUGUGGUGCUGUGAGAUCAGCCGCAUGUAGGCGAGCUUGUGGGCAUCAAUGGCGGGCGAGACUCUUGAGGAGUUGGCAGCAGAGGUGCAUCGAGGUAAGCUACGUCAAACACGGCAAGACGACGGGCAAGAUCGAGGACGUGGCGGGUGAAUGCAGAGGCGCGAGUGGUGGAGUCCAUAGUGAGGGAGUUGAACUCCUUGAUGAGGGAGUAGAGGGUGGCAACAUCCUGAUGAUCAAAGAGAUUGGCCAGGAGCUGCCACGGGUGGGAGGAGGAGGUGGGAGCUUGAGGGAGGAGAGAAUGGUGGCAAGGAGGAUUGCAAGCGCUCGACGAUCAGGGACAUGCCAGGCGGCUAUGCUGGUGGUGUAGGUGCGCAGGUGGGUAGUGUAGGUGGUGAACUCCUCCUGGUACGCGACAUAGCGUGCGACUGCGAAGUCGUAGUCGGCCUUGGCGGCUUCGUAGAUCAGCCGCAGGCGGAGGUGCUUGAUGAGGCUGUUGCAGUAGAUGCGGAUGGCAAUCUUGGCGCCCUGAGCACAACUGCUUGAACACAACGGCUUUCACGUUGUAGCCGCCAACCACCACCGAGGAGAGGAGCACCUUGACCGACUGGGCUUUGGAGUGCCGGUUGGCGGCAGUGUUGUCGGGGAGGAGUUCGAGUGCGUCAACCGCGGCAAGGUUGACGGGCGAGUCGGAGGAUGCCAUGCCGGGGGAGGAGUGAGAAAGAGGAGGGGAGGAAGGAGGGAGAAGGAGUGGGAGGAAGGAGGGAGAAGGAGUGGGAGGAAGGAGGAAGGAGGAAGGAGGAGGAAGAGGAGGUGAAAAGAGCAGGUGCGCAGAGCUCAGCUCUUAAGCCGAAGGCGCUGCACAAUGUGUAGCAUUUGAGGAUGCGGUGCAAUCGCGGGCGUGGGCACCGGCGAGAGGCGCAAGCUCGGACACGGCGGCGGCAGAUGCAAUGGCAGCGAGCAAUGGCGGACGCGGCGAGCGCGGCGACGGGGGACACACCUGGGAGGGCGCAUGACGGGAGUGCGAUGGAAGGAGGCGCGACGAAAGUGCGUGCGGCGGGAGGGCGCUCAAAAGGAUGGUUUAGGGUCGGGCGGACACAAUGGAAGGGUGGGACGGGAGGGUGCGCGACGGGAGGGCGCGAGGGAGGGCGCACAACGGGAGGACCCAAACCACUCUCUCACAUACCAACCCAUGCCUAAUUCGCCAACACCCAACCUAUCCCUCCCAAUCCAAACCUCAUCUCCUUAAUCCCUCUUUGCGCACCCAACCCUACUCGAUUUUCUGCCAACACCUAAUGCAGAUCUUGAAGUUUUUGGAGCAUGUGUCUCUCGAAGUUUUGAACUGUUGGAAUGCUUUUCCCCUAAGACCAGAAAUGCGAUUUUUAAAUUCAUCGCAUGCGAUUUUUAGAAACAUCGCACUGCAAAAACAAUGUGCGAAUAACAGUUUCAUCGCACGAUGCGAUUUUAAGUCGCAUUGCUUUUUUUUUUGUCGCCCCCAUACGCGAUGCGAUUUAAAUCGCAAUCGCGUUUUGAUCAUGUCUAGUGCCAACCAAAGGACCAGACCAAAUCCAAUGUUCACCCCCCAAUAUGU